AGUGGUAAUAGGGAAGUAUUUCAUUCCGGAUGUGGCUCUUUGCUCCAGCGAGAAGGUUCCUGGGCCAUCAAAACAAAAACAGCACUCAGGCACAGGCAGUAGCUAUUGUCAUUGAGAGCUACUGCCUUCUGCCGUGUCACCAUGCUGCUGAAAUCAUGUUGCAUUUACAGCGUCGGAGUUUUCUCUAUCCUUAUCUUGAUCUCGGGCAUUGCUCUGGUCUUGUCUGGCGUGUUUCCACGUCUCCUAAAGUCGGUGGUUGAAAAGGAAAUAGUUUUGAAAAAUGGCACUGAGGCGUUUGAGGCCUGGGAGAAUCCACCGGCCCCCAUUUACAUGCAGUUUUACUUCUUUAAUGUGACCAACCCCCUGGAGGUGCUGGAUGGGGAUAGGCCCGCUGUGAUAGAGAUCGGUCCAUAUACUUACAGAGAGUACCGGCCCAUGGAGCAAGUGGACUUCCAGGAGAAUGGCACUAAAGUCGGUGCUGUCAACAUUAAGACCUACAUAUUUCAGAGGAACAUGUCCCGAGGUCCUGAGAGUGAACUCAUCAGGACGAUCAACAUUCCUGCAAUGACGGUGAUGGAGCAAUUCAAGGACCAACCGUUUACAGCCAAUCUGAUCUCCGCCUACAUGAAGAGCACCGGAGACGGCUUGUUCACCACGCGCACAGUGGGAGAGCUGCUGUGGGGGUAUGAAGACGGCCUGCUCACAGCUCUCAAGAAGUUCAAACCUGAUCUGGAUGAUGUUUUUGGACUCUUCUAUAAGAGCAAUGCCUCCAGCGACGGUGAAUAUGUCUUCUUCACUGGUCAGCAAAACUACGAGGACUUUGCCAGAGUGGAUACGUGGAACGGUGACAGCGUGAUGAGUUGGUGGACGUCUGAUGAGUGCAAUAUGAUCAACGGAACCAACGGAGCAUCUUUCCAUCCCGUGGUCACAAAGAAUGAGACUCUCUACAUGUUCUCCUCUGACCUGUGCAGGUCUCUGUACGUUCUGUAUGAGGAGGAAGUGACAGUCAAGGGGAUCCCUGGGUAUCGCUUCAGUCCCCCCAGCAAGGUUUUUGCCAAUAAGACCGUGAACCCAGCCAACGCAGGCUUCUGUGUCCCCGCUGAAAAUUGCCUGGGCUCUGGCGUGCUGAAUGUCAGCCCAUGUAAACAAGGAGCUCCCAUCGUAAUGUCGUCACCACAUUUCUACCAGGCCGAUGAGAAAUAUGUCCAGGGUGUAUUUGGCAUGAGGCCUCAGAAGGAGCAGCAUCAGACUAUGAUUGAUAUCAAUCCGCUCACGGGGAUCAUCGUCCAAGCAGCAAAGCGGCUCCAGGUCAAUGUGAAUGUCGAGAAAAUCCCUGUCUUCAGUCAAACAGGGAAUGUGAGGACAGUGAUCUUUCCUGUGGUUUAUCUCAAUGAGAGCGUCGUCAUUGACGACUCGUCUGCCAGGAAGCUGCAGAAGAUUCUUGUCCAGCGGAACGUCGUGGUGAACAUCCCCUUCAUGCUGAUUGGUCUCGGCAUCAUUCUGGGAGGAGUCUUCAUGUUCCUGAUGUGUCGACAGAAGGUCCCCAUGAGCACUGUCGCUGAACGGCAGCCCCUGCUCUCGUCAUAGCACCAAACAGUAUGUAAAAAGACGGAGGGUAACCAUAUUUAUAGUUUCAAGAAACAGUUUCCAUUAUGAACCACAAGCCCACAUUUUAAUCAAUUUUUUUUAAUCCAACGGUUUUAGGAAACACAGUGAAAAGGUUUGGUACAGGGAUGAGGUUUUUGUCUUCCUUACAAGUCAGUUGUAAUGAUCAUGAAAAUAAUAUCCUUUUUUUUUCAAAUUAAAUCUCAAAUAUUGUAAUUUUUUAAUUACGUUGACUACCAAAUCAAAUUUACAGGAAUUCAAGUGAAAGUGUCAUUGUUUAAAAUUGUGCGUAUGUGUGCGUGUGCGUGUGCGUGUGCGUGUGUGUGUGUGUGUGUUUGUUUGUUUGUUUGUGUGUCCAUACGAUGAAUGGCUAUAGAACUGAAAUAGUUAUGUAGGAAUACGUUCAGCAUGUUUUUUUGUUUUUAGCACGGUCUGGUGAGAUUGUUGAUGCAUCAAUAAGAAAAAAAGUUACACAGCUGUUUCAUGCAAGAGAGAGAUAAAUAUUUCACGUAUUUGUAUUGUCGCAAAACAUAAGCCAAGUAAGUGUAAGCUGUGCAAAGCCAGUGCAUAAUGUUUUAUUACUGAUGUCUUUGAAUCCAUACUGAGCUUUGCUUCCUUUUUUAAACUAUUGCUAACUGGAAUGGAAAUCUAGUAAUCCACAAUAUAUAAAUAGUGUAAUGUUGACUCACAUGCAAAAGUAUUAAACAAUAUCAGUAUAAGGGAGAAGUUUUUGUUUGGUACACAGUACGAUAUCUUCUUUUCCCUAUUGAACAGUCUCAUGUCAGUGAAACUACUGAUGAAUGUGUUGAGAAAUAGAAAUGUGUGUUAUUCCUUUUAACCACUAGGAAUUGUCCAUGACGUGUAUGGCUAAAUGCUGCAAUUCUAAACAGCCUUGUAUCUGUUUAUUGUAACUUUAUUUAAAGUUUUUUUUAGCUUAUUACUGAUUAGAUUAAAAUGAAAUAGAUGUUUUAACCAGAAAUAGAUGUUUUUGUAAUAUCCUAUUUGAAAAAAACACUAUUUCACACACAUCACUGACAGAUCACCUUGUGUUCAUUUUGUUUUGGUCUUUGUUAUUAUGCAACGUAAAUUAUUGUUUACACUACUAAUCUGACAUAGUAAAAUCAAUAUGUAUUCACUAUUGAUGUACUCUCAAUAGGUCACAUACAACAAUGUGCACAUUGUCUUGCCACUUGCUCUAACUUUAAUAAACCUGCUGUGCUUCACAUUCUC